ACCCCGGGCGAGGGCGAGCGAGGGCGGAGAGGCCCGGCGGGGCGGGAGGCGGGUUCCCCGGCCGGCCUCGGCUGCGGCAGCGGCAGCGCCCCGCCGUGCAGCGCCGAGCCCCGGGAGCUCGGACGAUGGCUCGGGAGCUGAGCCAGGAGGCCGUGCUGGACUUCUUGUGGAGGGCCGGCGGCCGAGCCCCCAACGCGGCGCUGCUCCGCCACUUCCAGGCUUUCCUCCGCGACCCGGCGCUGACGGACGAGCAGCGGGGGGAGCGCCGGGAGCGCUUCAAGCGCCUCGUCAACUCCGUGGCCACCGUGCACCCCGCCGCCCCCGGCGCCUCCAAGGACAUCGUCCUCCGCCGCAGGUACCGCGACCUCCUCGACGAGGAGCUGCCGCCGCCACAGGAGCACCGGCCGGAGGAAGAGGAGGAAGAGGAGGAGGAGGAGGAGGAGAAGCAACCCCCGCCGCCCCCAUGCCAGCCCGGCCCGUCGGGGAAGGCGGUGGAGAAGGGGCUACGGGGCGGGGAGCAGCGCCCCCCGGUAGCCGUGGUGGGUGGCUGCGCCUCCCGGGGCCGCGGGGGGCUGUGCUGCGAGUGUCGCCGGGCGCUCCGCGAUGCUGCCGCCCGGCUGCCCCCCUACCGGAGCCGGCCGCUGGCUUUGGGGCCCGGGGGGGCGCUCUUCGUGUCCCCGCCGCCCUACCGGCCCCCGCAGCCGACCCCCGCCGGCCCGGCCCCCUCCCCGGCCCUUCCUGGGGGGCUGCCGCCUUCUGGGGCAGCCCCCGCGGGGCCCCUGACACCACCGGACCCCAGGGGGCCACCCCCCGCUCGGUCCCUGCCGCUGCCCCCGGGCCCCAGGCUGUCCCCAUCCCAGUCCCCACCACUGCCUGCUGUCCGCCUGCCCCUACCCAAAGCCCCGCCACCCUCAGCAGGCUCAGGGGUACGACCAUCCCAGCCUUCCCAGCCCCUGCUGCUGUCACCCAGCCCCAGGGUGCCACCCCCCAGCAGGCCACCCCAAGCCUGGACCCCACAGCCAACCCGCCGGCAGCCACCCCUUUCACAGUCUCCACUGUGUCGGUCAGCUCCGGGGACGCUGCCCCUGUCCCAGUCCCAGUCCCUGCAGACACUUACAGCUGAGCACUCCCCAUCCCAGACCCCACUGCUUUCAUCAUGCCCAGAUGUGUUACCCUCCACCCGGCUGCCCCUGUCCCAGUCCACAUCCCUGCAGCACCUCCCCACCACGCUGUCCCCAUCCCCACCGCGGCCAGAGGGGUCCAAGGUGCUGGCCCCCAGUGGACCAGCACGGUCCCGAGCCCCGCUGCUGCACACUCCCGGACUGCCCUCACCCCUCUCCCCGCCACCACCAGCCAGCCCCACAGUGCUGCCCCCCUGCUCCCAAUCUCCCCCGCUGACCCCCACGGGGCCACCAAAAGCCCUGGAGAGCAGCCCCGCAGCCCCGCUGCCUGUCUUCAGGAGCAUCAGGUGCCAGCUUGCGUUGCUAGAGGUGCAGGGCAUCCCCCCAUCGCUGCUGGACGACAGAGGGGGGCUGCCCCGCACCCUGCCCUUCAAGAGCUCCCCCGUGCAUGCCCCGAACCGGGGGCUGGUGGUGCCACUGGGGCGGCGGGAGCACGCCUGGCUCGUGGCGGUGUCGGCGGGGCGCUGGACCCAGGUGCGGGGGCUUUUUCUGGAGGAGCCAGAGCUGGCCCUGCAGCGGGACUUCGUGUCAGGCUUCACGGUGCUGCACUGGCUGGCCAAGCACGGUGAUGGGCCAGGCCUGCAGGAGCUGGCGGAAGCGGCGCGCCGGGCCGGGCUGUCCCUGGACGUGGACGUGCGGUCGGGCUGCGGGUACACUCCACUGCACCUGGCUGCCAUACACGGCCACCAGCUUGUCAUCAAGGUGCUGGUGCUGCAGCUGGGGUGCCAGGUGCAGGUGAGGGAUGGCAGCGGGCGCCGGCCCUGGGAGUACCUGGGCAGCAACACCUCUGGCGAGAUCUGGCAGCUCCUGCAGGCGCCCCGGGGCACGAUUAUGUUCCCCACGCAGCCCCUGGCCCGCAGCGUGUCCUCCGUCAGCAAGGCCUCGCUGCCCGCUGGCAGGGCGACGCUGGCCGCCUGCCUCAAGCCGCAGCGCAGCCGCGGGGCAGCGUCCCACCGAACCGGCAGCGAGAGUGACUGAGAACCAGCCCCCCAGCACCCUCUGCUACUGGAGAUGCACCAAGGGGAAGCCAGGUGGGCACAAAGAGCUGCGAAGCAGGCUGGACCUCUUGAAGAAUGUACUCUUAAAUUAUUGCAAUGAAAUGUUAUUCGAGUCUCUCUGUUCUCCUUCCAAUUUCUUGCUUUUCUGUGAGUGAGAGGAUGUGACUCCUCGCCUGGAAAUGUGUCUGAACCUGGGGAGGCAACCUACGGGGUGCACCAACAACCGCCAGCUUUUGUGGGACUGUGGGUUUGGGGUCUCCAGCUCUGCUGUGAUGCUCACAGCCUCCCAGCCAGGUCAGAGUGUUCCAGGGACAGCUCGCUGUUAGUCCUGGGGCUUGCAAAACGCUUGCUUACACCACUGUAAUUCUGGGGAGUAGCUCUGGCUUCCUUUCUAAUCCCAGCAGAUUAAGGAUGAGCCCCACCAUUAAAAAUGUGGUUGGUCUAGGUCCGGCCUUCCAGCAAGAGCCCUCAGAAAGUGACUGUAGCAGAGGGCGGCAGCCAGAGAGCCGCGAGGGGAGGAGGGUGUUAACACACCCGCCCUGUUCCUCAGCCCUUCUCGCCCACCAGUCCCCACAGAAAGGAAUGCAGGGAAGCCCCGCUCCUCCCCACAACUGCCCCAGGCUGCCCGGCAGCACCGAUACUGCCCCCUCUCUCUGUGUGCUGUUCCUCACCCCACAGGAUGAGGAAGUGGUACCCGUGUUGUGGCUCCCGAGGCCCGUUCCCACACCUCGGGGACACAGGGCAACACCGCACCGAUCCGGGUUGGAUGGACAAGGAGCUGUGCCACAGCACGGGCCCCAGGCUCGUGGGGGGAAGGCAGCGUUGCAACCAGAGCUGUGUUUCCCCAGAGACCCCAGUACUAAAUUGCCUCAGAGGUGUUUUGGAGUUGAAUGGGGGUCCAGGUGCAAGGAAGUGAUAUACAGCAUGGUCAUUCUUGAGGGCUUUCAAACCACAAAUGGGCUUUAGGAAUCCCACUGGAUUAAGAGAAUGACAUGCAGGAAGUGGGACUGCUGAUGUAUUUGAGGUAUGUGUCUAAAUGUCUGCAGUUUCAGGGAGGAACAGGACCCAGGGCAGCAGAACCUGACCAUUGCAUAACAUGCAUGCCUGGGAAUACCUCGAGUCCGCGUUCAAGCCAUAAUUGAAGUCUCCACUCUGCUUGGGGUUUAUUUGAGAGAGGAACUCUUCCCUUGCAGAAGGGAAGCUCGUCUGUCUCUCUCUGUGGCCACGAAAGGUAGUGGCCUUUUUCCAGCCCAGUUUUCUCCUUUUUGCAAGGGAAAGAGGGAACUCAGCAAACCAAGGCAGCAUCAUGUGAACAAUCACUCCUUGCUUUGAGAAGUGUUCAAUGCAAACUUGAACUCAUAAGAAAGUCAGCUCUGACAUGACCGCUGAGCCAUUGGCAUGGGCACCUGGAGGGCUCCCCAGGACUCCAGCACUGUCUCCCUUCCUCUUACUUCCAGCCGGGGGCUGGAGCCUGCAUUAACACAAACGUGCAAAGCAGCUGUUGCUUGUUGAAGUCUGUUCCGCCACAUUCAGAGACACUGCCACAAUUCACAUCACACACCAGGCUCCCUUUGGAAAGUGCUCUCUAAAGGCUUCCGUGAGCCUCAGCUAGAAGCCCUGGCAAGCAACCUGCUGAUGGGGGGAUUCCAGGAAUGCUACCAGAGGCCUGGCAUACAGAGAGCUUCAGGGAAGAAAUACAAAAAGAAAGACAUUUGUGAAGAGACUAGAGCUAGCUGAGGGCACAGGACACAUACAUUGUGAGAUCAGAAGCAAGGCUCCUUCCCUGGAGUGGCCAUUACCCCUCCUCUGUCUGGUGGAGAGCAUACGUUUGCUCACAGACACCUAAACCUUCUGAAGCAGAUGGUUUUGCCCGCUAAUAUCUCUGGCAUUACUAAGACAAAGACUGAGAAGGACAGUGUUACCUUGGGAUUCUCGUUUUACAGUCUUUCCAUGCCCUUUCUCCAUGACGCAAA